AUGCAAGGAGAUGGAUCGGGAUCGUCUAGGAGAAGGCAAAAUUAUGGUCCGAAAUUGUGUUUCUGUCACUUAGAGACAGCCAUAAGACAAGGUUGGACAGACAAGAACCCAGGGCGGCGAUUUUAUGGUUGUCCGCGUUUUAAGGAGAAAAAUGGAUGCAACUUCUUUGCAUGGUUUGAUGAAGAGGAUGGUACAUUAUGGCAAACAAGAGCUUUGAUUGAAGCCCGAGAUGAGAUCCCAGAGAAGACUGAGAAGAUUGAGCAGUUAGAAGAUACCAUUGCAGAUCUGAGAACCAAUUUGGAGAAGCUACAAAAUGAAGAGGAGAUUGUUAAAAAGUUUGAGGAAUUCUAUGUUUAA